UCACUUGCAAUGGCUGCUUCAUUCUGACUCUUGCUGGUAUUUUUGGAAGUUAUAAUUAAGUAAAAUGGUGGUGACAGAAAGUAACAGUAGUAUUUUCCGUCUGAGGGGAGUUUUGGAGUUCUGCUGCCAGUUCGACAGUUCUAAUGAAACCCAAGCACCGACUGCCAUCUCCAAAGCGUUCUGUGAUCUCCGCUCCAGAGUAUCAUCUGAAAGUUUGGUCUUUGUGGUGUGUAACAGUCCUGUCCUGCUGUGGCCCAACAAAGCUUUUCGAUCUACAGUGGAGACUCUGACUGAAGAGACGCCAUGUAGAGAUGUCCAGCAGCACAUUGAAUUGGAACAUGGAGCAAUUAAGAAGACUUCAAAAAAGAGAGAUAAAAAAGAUGCCGGUCCUACUGUAGUAAAUCUGAAGCUGAUGAUGGAGGUGACAGAUUCGGGGAACAGUGGAUCUCUCAGUCUGUGUAGAAUAAUAAAACAGCAGCAGUGUGUGAUGAUUCCUCUCUCCAUGGACUGUGCGAUCUCUGCAGCCGGCCAUGACACUCUGGGCUCUGUGUGUUUGGGUCUAGUGGAGGCGCUGUGUAGUCAGUUAUCAACCAUGGAGGAAACGGUGCUCAAAUACAGAAAGAGCAGAAAUGUGCUGGUUCCUCAAGCGUUCCAUUUUCAGCUGCCUGCUUCAGACAGUCUGGUGACUGUUGUAUAUCCUGCAGGAGUUACAGAAACUGAUCUGCUGUCUGUCAGAGCCGAGCUGCACAGGAAGCACAACCUGCCACUAGACAGGCCAUGUUUCCGCCGCGCCAACGCUUUCCACUUUCCAGACGAUCCAUAUAAAGAUGGCUACCUGCGCAAUCCACACACACACCUCAGCACACCCAAUAUAGACGAUGCCAAGGUGUGUGUCGUGCGGGGUGUGUAUAGUUACCAUCACUACAUGCAGGACCGGGUGGAUGAUAACGGUUGGGGUUGUGCUUAUCGCUCACUGCAGACCAUUUGCUCCUGGUUCCAGCAGCAAGGAUACACCGAGAGAAACGUGCCCACACACACACAAAUACAGCAGGCUCUGGUGGAUGUGGGUGAUAAGGAAUCCUUAUUUGUUGGCUCUCGUCAGUGGAUCGGCUCUAUUGAGGUGCAGGCCGUCCUCAACCAGCUGCUGGAGGUCACCUCAAAGAUCAUGUUUGUCAGUCAAGGAUCUGAACUGGCGUCCAAAGGCAGAGAGCUUGCCAAUCACUUUGAGACGGAGGGGACACCCAUCAUGAUCGGUGGGGGAGUACUGGCACACACUAUCCUCGGCGUGGCCUGGAGUGAGAUCAGCGGGCAGAUCCGCUUCCUUAUCCUGGACCCACACUACACCGGAGGAGAGGACCUGCAGAUCAUCACUGAUAAGGGUUGGUGUGGAUGGAAGGGACCCGAGUUCUGGGAUCAGAAUGCCUACUACAACCUCUGCCUUCCUCAAACGCCAAAAAUCAUCUGAAAGGGGAACCUCUAAGUGCAACACAACACACAGAUUCCGGUUCCCAGUUGCGGUUUAGUCUUGGCUGACCCUACAGCACUGGGAGAAUUUAUAUUAAUUAAUAAAUGUUCGGUUAGCUUUUUUUUGUUCACGGACUAAGACUAAGAAAGGUAGAUACUACUCUUCAGCUUAAUAUAGGUUUAAUUUAAGACAGUACAGCUUAGAACAGUUUAGAGAUUUUCUGAUUUCAGCUCAGUACUACCUUAAAUUAAAUCAAAGCUGAAAUGAAUUAAGCUUGUAAAAACUAGCUGAGAGGCUCUGAUGGUGCAUCUUAGGAGUCAUAUCAACCGACCAGGUGUCUACACGGACGUAAUUGUCUAUGUCUGAAUUAACCAAGGUCUCUCAGUGGAUUGGCAUCCUGUCUGGGGUGUGUUGCUGCACUGUGACCCUGACCAGGAUCCAGGAUGAAGCAUUGAUAAAAACAUGAAAAUGAAUUGAAAAGUAUUAGUCAGUGACCUGAAUAUCAGUUAUGUGUUUCAGUAUGCUUAAAAAGUCUGAUAAUCAUGUGACUAAAGGAAAUAAACUAAUUUUGUAAAGUUUU